GCCCUGUUUUCUAAGUGAUUUGCAUGCAGACUGCUGGAGCAGGAUGCGAGAGGAAGUCUGGCAUCUAAGUCGGCCUGCCAAGCACAUCUGGAAGUGGUUUCGGGGCCGCCUCCCUCCGCCAGCGCAACGCCAGGAUUCCCAGCUGCUGGGCGCAGGGGUGGAAGAAACCUCGAACCGCUCCAAAGUCAACGCAAACAAAAGGGGUGGGGUGGGGGAAGAAUACAAACUUGAAAACGUAACAUUGGCCUUGGGGCUCUCCAGCCCUUUGGGGUUUCCGAUGGGAUCUUAGGAGCAGCUGAAGCAGCAGCAGCGGGAAGCGCAGAUCCCGGGGCCAGCCACGAUUCGAAAGCUUUGCCUUGCAGCUCUUCUGGACGAAGGAGCCCAAAUCCUGCCUUCACCGUUCACCAGGUCACGGUUUUUAUCCUCGUGAACACACAUGGCUUUGUUACGAAAAAUUAAUCAAGUGUUGCUGUUCCUUCUGAUUUUGACCCUCUGUGGGAUUCUGUAUAAGAAAGUUCAUAAGGGGACCAUGCUCAGGAAUGAAACAGAUGAUGACUCUGAGACUCCUGAGGAAAUGGAGGAUGAGAUUCCUGUGGUGAUCUGUGCAGCGGCAGGGAGAAUGGGUGCUGCCAUGGCGGCCAUCAACAGCGUCUACAGCAACACCGACGCCAACAUUUUGUUCUAUGUAGUCGGACUCCGCAACACUCUGUCUCGAAUACGAAAAUGGAUUGAACAUUCCAAACUGAGAGAAAUAAACUUUAAAAUUGUGGAAUUCAACCCUAUGGUCCUGACUGGGAAGAUCAGACCAGACUCAUCGAGACCGGAGUUGCUCCAGCCUCUGAACUUUGUUCGAUUUUAUCUCCCUCUGCUUAUCCACCAACACGAGAAAGUCAUCUAUUUGGAUGAUGAUGUAAUUGUACAAGGUGAUAUCCAAGAACUGUAUGACACCACGUUGGCCCUGGGCCAUGCUGCAGCUUUUUCAGAUGACUGCGACUUGCCCUCAGCUCAGGACAUAGACAGACUCGUGGGGCUACAGAAUACAUAUAUGGGCUAUCUGGACUACCGGAAGAAGACUAUAAAAGACCUUGGCAUAAGCCCCAGCACUUGCUCUUUCAAUCCUGGUGUGAUUGUGGCCAACAUGACAGAAUGGAAGCACCAGCGUAUCACCAAACAAUUGGAGAAAUGGAUGCAAAAAAAUGUGGAGGAAAAUCUCUACAGCAGCUCCCUGGGAGGAGGGGUGGCCACGUCCCCAAUGCUAAUUGUGUUUCAUGGGAAAUACUCCACAAUCAACCCCCUGUGGCACAUACGGCACCUGGGCUGGAAUCCAGAUACCAGAUAUUCGGAGCAUUUUCUACAGGAAGCAAAAUUACUGCACUGGAAUGGAAGACAUAAACCGUGGGACUUCCCUAGUGUUCACAACGACUUAUGGGAAAGCUGGUUUGUUCCUGACCCUGCAGGAAUAUUUAAACUCAAUCACCACAAUAGCUGAUGCAACUUGACAUAUUAAAUAUCUGCUGUGUAAAAAUGUGGAAUUGUCCAUUUGGAGCCCACUAUAACAUUGUUCUUUAAGAACAAUACCUUUAAUACAUAUGAUCCACAAUAUAAAAAAUAAGACCUACUGCGUACAGGCACCUUGGCUCAUUAUAGGUAAUGACUUAUGUCCUUAAGUACAAGUGGUAAUUAUGGAGACAAGAUUAUGUGAAUGAAAUAUA